AUGUCUUUACGUAACGCGCUCAACGGUGUGUUUGCUAUCUAUAAACCAACGGGGUGGACGUCUCGCGAUGCCAUCAACUACGUUCAAAACUCAUUGUCAAAGCAACUACGUGGCGAUUCCACGAAGCGAAUUCGAGAUCGUGACAAGCUCAAGAUUGGACAUGGAGGGACACUGGAUCCGCUGGCGGAGGGUGUCUUGACAUUGGGCGUGGGUUCAGGAUGCAAACAGCUACAUGGAUUACUACAAUGUUCAAAGGAAUAUGAAGUACAAGCCAAGCUUGGAUAUGCGACUGAUACAUACGACUCUGAAGGCCAAGUGACACAUAAAAGCAGCGGGGCGACCAUGUCUCCGAGCCAAUCUCAAGUGCUGUCGGUGCUGGAUCAAUUUCGAGGGCAAAUUCAGCAGGUGCCACCAAUUUAUUCGGCCAUCUCUAUCCAAGGAAAACGUGCUUACGAUUAUGCACGUCAGGGCAUUCCCCUCCCCAAACCCAUCGAGCCACGUACGGUUGAUAUCCAUGAGUUGGAAUUGCUUGACUAUUACACAAAGGAUGAUGAUACAUCAAUGCGUCUCAAAGUACGAUGUGGAGGAGGAACGUAUAUGCGUAGUUUGGUACACGACAUUGGAAUUGAGCUUGGAUGUUAUGGUCAUAUGACUGGAUUAUUACGUACUGAGCAAGGUGGAUUCACAUUGGAUGAUUGUCUUACGAUAAUUGACGCCAAUGGAAAUCGGUGUAUCUCGUUGGAAGAUGUAAUUGCAGCCAUCGGACGCCGAAAGAAUGGUCAUGCAUAA